AGACGUCAGAAUGAAACGUUCGCUAUUAUUCUUAAGUUCACUAAGAACUACAGAGAAGUUCACAUAUAGAAGCAGCAUUAUGCCCUGAACUAAACGGAGCAUUUUUGUCUCGAGCGUUGUUCCGUAAACUGCGCACGUUACUAUAGCAACAGAAGCGUGUUCUGGUCGCCAUCCCUCACACGCAGAGCCGAGGAAGAAGCGUUACGAGGAGUUCAUGAGUUUCAGUCGUUUAUGACAGACCAAAAAUGUUGUCCGGUGUGACACAGCUCAACGGGUUCGUUUCUAAACAGAUCUUUACUGAGAGAAGGUCAGCAAAUCAGUAUGAGACUGUAAGAUUUAACCACGAGCUGUCUCGAGUCAUUCGCCUGCUGGAAGAUCCUCUUUCAUCGUCAUUGAAAGAGAGACACAUGUUCAUGCUGAAGAAAGUGGUGAAGACGCGCCAGCGAGGAUUUCUUUUAAGGGAUCUUGCAGACAUAUUUAAGAUCGUAAACAUUUGUGCUGAAAGAGCGACGGAUGAUCUGGAUUAUGCCCGAGUCCUCUGUGAUUUACUGCACAUCUGCGGGCGGCCCUUCCUAAAGGAGAAGACAUCUGAUGAGAUGAACUACGCCUCUGUAGUGAUGGACUGUCUGUCUCAAAUGGGUUAUCUGAUGAAAGUUCCUGUCGCAGAGAUCAGACAUCAGAUCUGUUCUUCUGUGAUGGCUUUAUACACCUGUGAUAAACCCAGACCUGGUUUUGAUGGUGCUUGCCCCACACGUGCUGACUACAGAGGGCUGAUGGUGGAACGCAGUGGUCUGGCUGAAACCCUUGUGAUGUCACUGCCCCUCAUGGAAAACCAGCUGCCGGUCAAACUGUGUCUUCUUCAGACGCUGCAGAUCAUGUCCCGCACAUCAGAAGUGAACUGUAAUUUCAUGCUGAAAGCUCAGGCCGCUCAGAAGAUCUGUUACCAUAUGAGUGAACGCGACCCGUCGGGGCAGGUUCUGUUCCGCUCCUCAGAGGUCUUGUGGAAUCUUCUGGAGAAUGGAUCUAAAGAGGAGGUCACCACUCAGCUCAGUAACACGGACUGCAUAGAAUCUCUGAAACAGGCUUUUCUACAUCAGCUCUUGAAUGGCUUUCGUCAUUAUGAUCAACAGCUGAGGAAUGACCUCCUGGUGCUUACAUCACUGAUCGCAGCCAAUCCGCACGCUCCGUUCACUGAAAGCGGGUUUGUCAAGCAUCUCACACUGCUUGCUACAUUUCCAGAGUUGAAGAGUCACAAUCCUCUGGUGCGGAACCUCCGGCUAUCCUUCAACCACGAGGACUUUGAGAUGAAGAAACUCUUGCUGAACGUGAUUGUGGUUCUGUCUAAAGAUCUGUCUGCUCUGCAGUUGUUUAGACAGGGUCGUGUGAUGCUGGCCCUGAUGCUCUUGAUAAAGCCGAGAUCACGUGACGCUCAUGGCGGCAGAUGCAGUUGGACCUCCGGCCAGCAAGAGGAGCUGCAGCUUCAGGCUUUGGCCACGCUGAGCACGUUAGCUCCUCUGAUGCUGGAUGAUUACAUCACGUGUCAGGCCAACACCUGCCUGCUGCUGCUGCUGGACUGGUGUCUACACGCAGACUCGUUCAGCGGGCAGGGUCACAGUUUCCACGGCACCGGUGGACGUGGCGGGAAGAAGGCGCAGAUGAGAUACUGCAUUCGUGUGCUCAGAUCUGUGGUGUGUGUUGGCAAUGAGCUGCUGAUUCAGGACCUCUGUGAUCAGGGAGCUUUAGGACAGCUUUUGGGGGUGCUGCGCUGGUUCUUCGAGACACGGGAGACAGAAGACGACAUCUCUCUUGAGAUACAGAUGGACAUUCAGGUCAUUCUGUCAGUGCUCUGUGAGGGGGAUCUGCACAGGAAGGAGCUGUUUGGCAGUGAUGGUGUGGACAUUCUGCUUCAGUAUUUAAAUGUGGACGCUCAGCUGAUCUUCAGUGGGUUGGGUCAUAAUAAACUGCUCCUGUCCACCGUGGACUGUGUUUGGUCGUGUGUCAUCGGCUGUUUUAAUACGGAGGACGUGUUUUUGGAGAGGCGAGGUGUUCAUCUGCUCCUGCGUCUGCUGCAGGCGAGCCCCAGACAUAUGUUGAGCACGCUCAUCGGGACUCUUCUGGAGUUGUGUGAAAACCCGCAGGCGCUUUCUCACGUGCUGAGCUGGAGAGGAGAGAAAGACGUCACCGCCCCACAACUCCUCCUGCAGAUCUGGAGGAAAGAGGAAAAUCUGAUGGGCAUCACACGAGACCAGCGGGGAAUUAUCACAGAUGUGGAGCAGCCUGAAGAUGAAACAUCAUCACAUGAUCUCAGCGCUUCAGUCAGAGAUGUGUCAGAAAACCUGUGUGCAAACAUCUACUGCCUGUUCUGCAAACUGGGAUUUCAACAGCUGUCAGGUUUGAGCACAGCAGAUUACAUCACACUCGGCAUCAUCAGCCAAUUCCUGGACUUCAAGGUGACUGACGUGUGGGCAGAGAUCUCAUCUGAGCUGUCUGAUGAAGGGCUGCCGCUCAUCUCGUCUGAUGAUGAGGCCCUAAAGAGCAUCAGACAGAUCGCUAAAGACAGGGCUGAGCACGUGUGCGCCCUGCAGCGAAGCAUUCUGGACCGGCAGCAUCAUGCUGACGUGCAGGAGGAGAGACGGAUGUACGCUGAGAUCAGCUUCACUCAUAAGCAGAGAGAGUUAGCUGCAGAGGCCUGGAGGAAUUAUGUUGCCAGGACAUCGAACUACAGCAUCUUAAAGGAGUUUAAAAAGCUACGAGAAGAGUGGAGCGCCAGACGCCCAGAUGCGACAUCACACGUGGCCCUCGAUGGAACCCUGAAACAAGAGAGCCCUUCAAAUGAUGUCUCGCAUCACUAAACCAUGACCCGUGACAUUCAUUUCAUAUACAAAUACACACUACAGUACCUUCGAACCUCUCUUACUGUAGUUCAUUAAGCAAACAUCAAAACUGCUGUUUAAAAGUCUUUAUGCUGUCAUUCUGAAGAAGCAUCAAACAUCGUCCCGGGGCCAUCACUCAUCUAAGACUGUGUCUCACUGACUAGCUAUUCACCAGGACUAAUCAGGCUUACUUUAGUCUGAAAUAUACUUUUUAUGUAACUAGAAAUAGUCUUGUCAGUUUAUGCAUCCGGCCCCUGCGGUCACCUGAUCCAAACGUGUUAAAAAAGGUUUUAUAAUGAACAAUAAAAAAAGAGUCGGUGUUUAUUGACUGUAAAUCUAACACAGUCACACUUGUGUGUUUGUAUUAUCUUAGAAUGAGCUGUUUCUAUCUACAUACACCGCGCCGCACGUCACCUCACAUGGAAUUCACCGUGUUGUUUCUACAGUAGCCCUGAAUGGACAAACUGGAAAGAAGCGAAAAUGCAACAACAUCUUGGUCCUGUGUCAGCCUCCGCAAGUGGAGAGAGCUGUUGAUUGCAAUUCACAAUCUCACCGCUAGAUGUCGCUAAAAGUCCUUUAAAGAAAGAUGCAUUUUGUUUUUAGCGCAGGGUAACAGAUCACAGAUCAAGA